AGCUCCGUGCGUCUCUUUUGCACUCGAUCACAACCAAUCCACGAUCUAAGGGUCUUCUCUUACGCAUGAUCGUGAUCGUGAGAAGGUGCUAGUGCAGAAACACUCUCUAAAUGCGUGCAUUUGUUGAACGUUUUACUUUACGCACACUUUCGUAGGGCGCUGUUUAUACGUUGGCUUUGUUUCUUCGAUCAUUGAUCUUCUUCCACGCAUGUCACAACAGAUUUUUAUUGUUGUGUCUUCACACGUACGCCUAUCUGUGAUGUUUAUUGUGCAAUCAAUUUCAUCUUCUAUUAAAUUUAAUUGUCCGAAUUGGCGCCCUUGGUCAACAGAUCAAUUAUACUGUCUCCCUCGGGACACAUUAUAUGAGUGCGUGUUUGAGUGCGUUAGUGGUAAAGAAAUAAAGUAUCAACAUGAAGGUUCAUUGUGACAAAUAAAACCGCACGUGUGUCAGACAGCACGGUUGUUUGGAGACAUCGCGAGAUCUAGACGGGAAUAAAAAUAACUCUUUUCUCAUCCUCCUUUCGACCCUGGUUUUGUCUUUCCAGGCUUUUAUUUUCCUUUUAUUUUUGCUGUCUAAUGCCUUUCUAUUCGGCGGAGAUUUCCAUUUGGCUGUUUCGGUAGUUUGCAAUUGAAUAAAAUUGAUUCCAAAGAAAACCUAAUUUCAUUGCUUCCGUUUGGACCGGAAAAUGGUUCUUGCGAAGGGUCUUAAAAAGGCAGCGAAAGGUUCAAAAGUAAAUUUACAAUUCUUUUUUUGUAUCAUUGUUUCGUAUCUUUCUGUUCGAAUAUAAUGUAUUUGCCACUUUUUGCCAUAACAAAAGCAAAGACAAUGUUCUAUUCUUUUCAUUGUGAACCCUUGUUUUACACUUAAAUUUAGUCUAGUUCCAUACAAUAUAAAAAACAUACAUACAAAUGUACAUUCCAUUCGAUGGUUCGCCUUGGAACUUGCAAUGAAAAUGUUUACUUCUCAUUUACGUUACCUCGUAAAGAAGAAGCCAUCGCAAAAACAAGCCAAUCGAUCAUCCUAAUGGGAAAUUAAUUAGGUUUCUCCCGCCGUUUGAUUGAUGCAUUAUCUUAACCAGAUGAAACUGACACAUAAAACCCUUCUUUAUUUCAGUCUGAAUGUCACCCAAUAUUAUUGCCAGCAAACAGUUACGGUUGUGUGUAGGCUAUGGGGGAGGACUUAGAAACAAAUAUUUUAUUUAUUUUAUUACACAAAUGUUUAUUUAGUGAAAAAGAAAGGUAAACCGAAGUAAAAAUACUAGCAUAAUCAACACUUUCAUCGGAUCGUUGUUUAUUGGAAAUCUGUCCCAUUCAUUUUGCUCAAAUGCGCUCAAAAAGAGAAUGUUGUACAAAUUUAUUUAUGUUGUACCUUCUGGGAACAAUAUCCCUAACUAAGAUUAAACUUUAUGCCAACAUGCUGCUGCCUACACGAUUGUUUUGCAUCCUACACGAAGAAAUCUGUCCUUGAAAAAAAAGGAAAAAAAAAACAUUUCGGAGAAAACCCGUAUAAUAUACUCCCGGAAACCUCGGGGGUUCAGUGUUCUGAACAUGUGUCCACACCAUGUCUAAUCGUUACCAGCAUAAAGUUGCCCGUUAACCGUAAUUUGACAAGCGUAAUUUGUAGAUCCUUGGCUUAAUGCUUGCCCAAGAAAGAAGAAUAUCCGGCGAGCGGAAAAACAGAAACCCACCGGAAGAAGCUUACGCGCAUUGCCUUUUACCCUUGCGGAAUUUUUCUUGGUAGCAUUAUGUAUUGCCUCUUCUUUAUAGUCUUUGCAUUAAAAGCGGUACGACCUGUUUUUAUCUUUCUGGGGUUUUUUUUUGCUACACAAACCGUAACCUUGUCCACGAAGGGAAGACACAAGUGCGGAUGUUGCUUCGCAAAACCCUUCAAUGAUAAUUCUGCUGAGAAGCAAAAGAAGCACAAUAGAUUUCUAUUCACAAUGUGACAGCACAAUAGGAAUGCCAUGAGAAAAUUGUCAGUGAACGGUGUCAGAAGCAGCAAACAAAUUACACUACGGAAGGUCAAAACAAAUGCAACAAGCGAGUAGGAUGGUACGGAAAACUAUAGAUCCUUUCACCCAUUUUUUUUAUAGGAAACAUACAGAAAAAAGCUCGUAGUGAAUCUGCCAAUCGCACAGCCAUUUUCUUAUUCGUAAAAUAAAGAGUCCGCUGGGGAUGUGCGUGUAUGAGAAGUUGAUUUUUCCUUCUUCAUCUACCUUUAGCAAUGGCAGUUCAAAUUACCUCAAAAAAAGCCAUUUCUCAUCCGAUAACAUCCUGCAGAAAAAAAACCCCUGCGGGAGGAAGGAAAUUGUCACCUUUUUCCUUCCAACCUUCCCCACGAUGGAGACGCCAAGUCAUCCAUCCAUGUUCGCUCCCUCACUCAAGGACACGGUUUCACUCUCACUUUUAAUUUUCCGAACCUCAUCGGAACACAUUUCCCCUCAGAUAACACUGUAUCGCGUGUUGUGGUGUGGCACUCAUUUUCUCAUGAUGAUCGAACUCACCAUAGUCAUUCCGGUCGCUUUUCCCAGUGAACGAUGAAAAGCUUGCGAUGAAAGAAUGUCACAAUCCGAGACGGCGUGUGUUUACAUUCCUUGAAGCAUUUUUGUUUUCAUCGUUCUGUUAGUUACUCAACAACGUUUCACACACACACACGUAUUGCGUACUCUUUCUAAUCGUCACUCUCGUACUCAUUCGGCUGGAAACGUUUAGCUGUGCGGCGUCUGCGCAUCGUUUGCAAGCGUUUUACGUGAGGAAUUUUCCCGCGCUUGGCACUGUUUCGCUUCUCCAGCUAUGCGGGAGAAUACGAAAAAAGCGUGUAUCCGACCGAAUGUCACGUAGGCCACACACACAGUAUGAUGUUUUGCGUCGUUUCUUCUACGAAUAUAGAGUGUUUUAAAGCGUUUUCAAUAUCAAGAAGCUUCAAUCUUGCACAAAAAAAAUUGUAAAGAAAUGAUGGGACACUCCGAUAAAUGUUUAUACUUGUUUUCCCCGUUUUUGUUAGGUUCAUCGUUCAAACCAUUUUUUUGGAGGAACAAAAUCAGUCAAGUGGAAAAAUAAUCUUAAAUCUCCCCGUGUCAGGGUAAUGGUUUUGAAUUUUCCUGAUUUUCUUGUUGAGUUAUCCGAUAGCAAUCCAAAUUUGAAAUGGUCGCCAAGAGGGUUAAAAAGCUUUUACGCUUGAUGUGGAUUAACUUGAUCAAGCGCGUAGCAUAAGUAAGUGAGUCCCCAAAAACCUCUGUUGUACUCUUUGUCUUUAUGCUUUUUUUGUCGAAUUUUCGGAGUAAGUAAUAGGGAAGAGAAGCAGGAUUUCUAGUAGCAAAAUAACAUUAACUCAGGCUGUUUCAUAGUUCUAUUGUACCACUUUAUCAAUUUGUUGCACGUGAACCAAUUUCAUGUACCUUCGCUUUGUUGGCCUGUAAUAUUUACGUCGUAGUGUAUUACACUCGGUGCCGGCGACUUGUUUACUAUUUUCAUUCAGUAAAGGGCCUCCAUAAAACUGCCACCACUCGUUCGAUACCUUGAACAACUGAAAGUAACUACCAAUGCGUUAUGUACAAGGUGGCGCCAACCAUUAGCGUCUAGCGGUAAUGAAAAAGUUUUCGAAGAGUUCAAGAUAUGGACGUCCUACGACACUUUAAAAUUUGUUGCUGAAACCAUCAAAACCAGCGUUCCAGCGAUAGAGCUUAUUCACGCAAGUCUCGUGACUCUUCGGUACCGAUGCUAGGGGUGGCCUCGCGCCAACCUUCAUUCCACUGGACAUAUUUUUGGUAGCGUGUCCCUCAUCUUGAGGUUGCUCAGUUAUCUUGCACUCGGUGUGAUGAGAUGAGUGCACAGUUGAGCUGAGUGUACCUUUCCGUAAGGUGGCUUGGAACAUCUCGCCAUAGCAAAAACCCAUUCAAUACGCUUUUGAAACUCGCACGAAUCGGACACAACCGGAAGAAUCGCUAUCAAACGGUCGCACGAGACACGGAAGAGUGAGAGCGGGGAGAUAGAGGUUGAUGACGUCCUCCUCCCGAAAUGAACCGUGGUGUGUAGCACGUGCAGUGAUGGUGAAACGGUGAGAAGGUUCAUAUACAAGGAAUACGCAGAAUGUGACUGAAGUGCGCAUCAAAAGUGUUGUUCCAGAAGAGGAAGUGUUCCAUCUGCCGAAGGCUUCAACCAACCAACGUGUGUGUUCAUGUGAACGUGAGAUUAAUCACGAAGUCAUUCCGAAACAGUGUGUGAUCAGUGCAUUUCAAACAUUUCCCUCAGCCUCCGUUAACAUUAUUUGCAUUUGAUAGUAAAGAUAAGAGAGUUCUAAUCGAUUAACCAUGCACGGUAUUCAGCAUCUUUUUCGGCAACACGCACUCGAGAAACAGGCGAGUGCCGAUAGUUGGCAUUCGGCCAACUCCUCGAAUCAGGUACUGCAAGGUUCUACGUCGACAAUGUCGUCGGCAUCCUCCGCUAGUCAUCAACGACCACCGAACGAACGAUCGCACAGUAUCGACGAGUCGCAGGUAUCGCUGGCAAGUGAAGACUAUCGGCUUGCGUCGAGUCCGCGUCACAUUAUGGCCGGUGCAUCGGUGCGAUCUCCAACGUCACCGCAGGAGUAUUACAAUCUUGGCGUCUCGAUACCGCGUGGUCGCAAAUCGCCGGAAAGUCGCGGUAGCCAAUGUUCUGAUAUGAGUGCUGGAGCGAACGGGAUAAAGCGCAUGUCGAAGCGUACGCCAGAUCCACGAACAAAUGCUUACAACCCGAAUGCUCGGCGAGGUUCGUUGGAGAGUGCGUGCUCGCCGCCGAACCAUCAUUACAACACUGCCGGUUACUUCCCGCACGAUCUGGACGAUAUAUAUGAGUACAAGACGGAUCAUCAGUAUUUCACGCACACCGGUGCCUAUCAGCAUCCGGCGUACCCGUUAACCUCCGACCAUCAGCGCAAUCUGCUGUUCCAGCGCAACCAUGGCUUCCAAUCGUUGGACGAGUACGCAUCGUCCGGUGUUUCCAGUUCGAAUAGUUCGAACAACCGGCUACUCGGCUAUCGGCACCGAUUCGAUAACAGUAGUUUUGCCCGCAAGCUCACGCAAAGCAUCUCCCAGAGCAGCAUCGAUAGUGGCCAUUCGUCGACGUCAAAAUCCUCGACCAACAAUAAUAACCACGAAAAGCGAAACCGCGAUAAGGGUGGAAACAGCAGCCAUGGCAGCCACCAUCAUCAUCAUUCGAUCACGGAGAUGAUCAAACACCUUGGCAAGAAGGCACACAUUUGGCCGGGUGGACGCACGCGCCAUUCGUCGAUCAGUGAGGAUCACCACCCGACGGACGAGCGACGUAGCGGUGGUGGAGGCGACGGUGAUGGUAUGAUUGCUCCACCGAAGGAAGACUUCCGGACGCGAUCGCGUUCGCUCGACGUUGAUCAGACGCGCCGAAUUUUGGAUGAUUGUGAAUCGACGUACAAAAUCUAUAACAAAAUACUGCGUGAAGGUAAAACUGCUACCGCCGCACAUAUGCGAAGAGCUUCAGCCGAACUAGCAGAACGACGGCGAGCAUCACUAGGAGCAACGCGAGGACUACGAGCGGACGGUACGCUUGAUCCGUAUCAUGCUGCGAUCCUGUUCCGUGACUCAAGAGGGCUGCCCGUGGCCGACCCAUUCCUGGAGAAGGUUCCACUCUCGGAUCUAGAGGAAGAUGAGUCACAGAUAUUUGUCAAGUUCUUCCGAUUUCAUAAGUGCUACGAUCUGGUGCCGACCUCGGCCAAGCUGGUCGUGUUCGACACGCAGCUGCUGGUGAAGAAGGCGUUCUACGCGCUCGUCUACAACGGCGUCCGGGCGGCACCGUUGUGGGACUCGAAGCGCCAAGAGUUUGUCGGCAUGCUAACGAUCACCGAUUUCAUCAAGAUUCUAAAAAUGUAUUACAAAUCACCGAACGCAUCGAUGGACGAGCUCGAGGAGCACAAGCUGGACACUUGGCGAAAAGUGCUACAGGAAGAUGUGAAGAAGCUCGUUAGCAUCGGUCCCGAUGCGUCGCUGUACGAUGCCAUCAAGAUGCUGGUACACAACCGCAUCCAUCGGCUGCCUGUGAUUGAUCCGGUCACCGGUAACGUGCUGUACAUAUUGACUCACAAGAGGAUACUUAGAUUCCUAUUUUUAUAUAUUAACGAACUACCAAAGCCAUCGUACAUGCAGAAAACCCUCCGGGAGAUACGCAUUGGCAGUUACAAUAACAUCGAAACGGCCACAGAAGAUACUAGCAUCAUUACGGCGCUGCACAAGUUCGUAGAUAGGCGCGUAUCCGCACUGCCGAUGGUAGACUCCGAGGGACGCUUGACGGACAUUUACGCCAAGUUUGAUGUUAUUAACUUGGCCGCUGAAAAAACGUACAACGAUCUAGAUGUGUCCCUCAAGAAGGCAAACGAACAUCGAAACGCGUGGUUCGAAGGUGUACAUCACUGCUCGUUGGACGAAACGCUCUACACCAUAAUGGAGCGUAUCGUGCGGGUCGAGGUACAUCGGUUGGUGGUGGUGGACGAGUUGAAGAAGGUAAUUGGCAUCAUCUCGCUGUCCGACAUACUGCUCUACCUGGUGCUGCGUCCGAGCGGUGACGGUAUCGGUGACUCGGAAUCGCUCCGUGCGACCGAUCCGAAGCUAAUGAAACCGGCAUCGCCAGGCAGCAGCGGUAAACUGCACGCGGCCAAACGCGACAGUAGCAACGAAAGCAUCGAGGAGGAGAAAGAAACCACCGAGGAGGAGGCGGCGGCGGCCGAAGCGGAGGAAGCUGCUCACAAGACUGAAAUCGUCACGCCACCGGAGGACGCGGUAAAGGACGAGACAGAGGAGCAGCAGGCAGCAGCAUUGGAACGUUGUGACGAUUCCGUCCCGGAGCUGGCGGUAGAAGCGUUGGCCGAAGAGGCAAAGGAAGACGAUACGGCAUCUACGCCGAUCGAUCGCAGCAGUGCCAAUGAUUCUCCCGUUGCGCAGGAAAUGCUCGCCACCGACGUACCGCUGCAGUCCGUCCAGCGGGAGGUGGGAUUAGUUAGUGAGUAAGCAGACAAACGGCAGCCAACCACACGCGUUCGCAACACGUUCCAUGAGUGUGUUUUAAAUUUUGUGUGAGACACGGAAAUAUCCGGGAGGGGAUCGAACCGAUUCCCUGUUCCGCUUUCCAUUCCGGAAAGGGUGCGUGCUUGUUUUGCUACCUUAUAUCUUUCUAUUUCCUGCAUGUGUGUGAUAUCGGGUCGCCGCGUGUUUCCAAUUAUAGUGGAAAACGGUUGCGUGACACCGACGUAAGAGAAACGACGGCGAAGGACAAAUGGAGAAAGUGAAUACUAGUGAGAAGCUGGUCGCGUUUAGCUAGAGCCGGACUGUCGAUGGUACGAUAAAUCGUUGUAAGGAUGUAGCUGUAAGUACAAACAAGUAGCAACAAAACCCAAUCAAAAAAACAAGCUUCAGCUGUGCGAUAGAGAGAGAGGAAAGAGUAAAAACAAAACAUUAGAACAAGCGUAGGAAAACGUUUUGGAGAACUUAAAAAAAAAAUCUGCAACCUUUAUUCAACUAUUGACAUGUUUGCAACGCCAGAAAAAAAACAUUCGCUUCAGCUGUAGAGCGGUGAUGUCAUGUGCUAGUACUUUUUUCCCUACCAAUAUUCUCUUAUCCAGUAGAGAGCACACACGAUUGAAGUACAGUAGAAUAACUAAUCGAGCGAGCAAACAACCUUCACGGUGCCGGCGACAACACAGGAACACACGGCACUAUCUAUUGAUUAUCUCACUUCUUUAACAGUUGUUCUUUUCUUACUACGCCACAGAAAAAGUUAGUCAUCCUUACUUAGGAUCGGUUUUUUAAAAAUGUUUUUCUUUAUUUAAAAGGGAAUAGUUUAACCAAUUUUACUCAUCCAACGAUUGAAAUGAAAAAUGAAAGAUUAAAGUGCGAUGGAUUGUGUGUUGCAAUGAUAGAACCAAAUUCACGAAAAUAAGGAGAAAGGGGAGGCAUUUAUGAGUCAGAAUUAAAAGUUAACAGUUCAUUGCUGUUACCCACUCUCGCUUCUAUUCCUUCUACAGGUUUGAAGAAUCAUCUGAUUGAUAAGAGGUGUGGUAUGUUGACAUUUAAUUCCGACACGUAAACACUCCCGUCAUGUAAUGGAAUGGAAACUGUUGGCUUCAAACACUAUGCGUGACUUAAGUAAUGGAGUUUAGUGUAGCGUAGUACUUUGAGAGCGUGAAUUAAAAGGGAACCGUUAUGGGAUGCGAAAACCAAACUUAUUUGAUAAUAAUUUAAAAAUUGUAGUGUAUAGAGCAAGUAAAAUGAACGCUGAGCAAAGAAUGCAACAAGCAGAGUAAAAAAAAGGGUAAUUCGCGAUAUACCAUGGAUGAUAGUGAGAAUGGAAAGAGAAAGGAAAAACUAAACAUACAACAACAACAAUUGUGAAUAGAUAGGUUUACUAGGAAAGAAAAGAGUAACAAAAAAAACUAUAGAGAAGCUAGCUAUAUAUUACAAGAUUAGUUCAUAUAUAACGCGCACUACACAGCAAUGAGAUGAUGCUAUGGAACGAAUGCAAUACACAGGCAAAUAGCAAUUGGUUGGACCCGUUUGAGUAAUGUUAGCUUUUUGUCGGAUGCAUACAUCAAACAGAACAGGCAUGCAAUUAAUGGACAGGAGCAAAUGCGUUUCGAAUAGUAAGAGUUUUGCUUCAUCUUUUUUUACUCUAUCGAUCUUAUUUCGACUCUAUUUACAGAGACGAAGCAAAAAAAAAAACAAAUCCCCCACACAAAACAAGAAACAAACGAUCGUGCUUGACGAUCAAAUGUUCUGGUACAUUCGUAUGAAACGAAAUGGUAAAGAAACUCGGCAACAAUGAAGGUGAUAUGAUGAUUCGAGAAGAAAAUGUUCCGAUUGUUUCUUUAAUAAUGCUUCGCUCGAUCGAGAACCGAUCGAAGUCGGAUAAGAUAAACGCUCUGCUCGUGUGUACCUUAAGCGCUUGUUUUCCAGUGUGUGUGUGUGCGUGCGUAUGGGAGAAACCUUUUUCCCAUUAGACACAGCGGUGGAAAGAAGCAAACACCGAUGGGGUCAAUGUUAUGUUGUGCUUGAAAAAACGCUGACUCCUGAUCGAAGUAGAAAUGCCUGUGAAACUGAAGCAAAACUUCCCGCAGCAGAUGAUGGGACAGAACGUAAACAUGUGUAUAGCAUACUAAAACAUGAAGAAGAAGAAAAACAGAACAGAACAGUUACGUUGUUUCGCUAAGAUGACUAAAACCUAAUGGAACGUUAAAUCGCGGUAAAACAUUAAAAAAUCGAUAGCUCAUGUAAA